AUGUCGUACAUGUAUGCUUUCUGUACGAAUCAGGAACCGUCCUCCCACCACACUGCCCACGGGUAUACCAGAAAUAAAUGUCUGACUGGGCAUUGUAACAAUGAUACCGAUUGUGGUGAAAAUGCCCAGUGUAUUACACGUGAAGUCCCCCCGCCAGACGGAUCUGGUGAUCCUCCCACGAUUAUGCAGUGUGAAUGUUCGGAAGGUUUUUUUGAUUUCCCCCCAGAGAAAACUGCCAAAGAGGACGGAUGUUUAGGCGAGUGUAACGAUCUCGGACAAACUGACCAGUGCCCAGGGAACACAGAAUGUGUUGAGUCAUCUUCAGGUUUUGGAGAAUGCGAGUGUCCAGUUGGUACUGAGGGGGAACCUGAAUGCCCUGUUAUCACAACGGUAACUACGACCCUCCCCACUACCACCACCACCACCACCACAGAGAAUCCUGUCAGGAGGAGAGUGUUGCCGAUCCUGCUGUCUAGUGUUUCUCUUGUUCCAUUGCUGUUGAUUUUGCCUGCUUUUGCCAGCCUUGGUUAGCUAGCAAAAAUUGAACGUUAAUAAC